AUUAUAUUGUAGAUUUUACGAAAUUUAACAAUGGGAGAUAAAGAUGGUGAAACUUUUGAUGAUGCUGUGGAGGAAAGAGUUAUCAACGAAGAAUACAAAAUAUGGAAAAAAAAUACUCCUUUUUUGUAUGAUCUUGUGAUGACACAUGCUUUGGAAUGGCCAUCUUUAACUGCUCAGUGGCUACCAGAUGUUACUAGACCAGAAGGAAAAGAUUAUUCUGUACACCGUCUUAUUUUGGGUACUCACACUUCAGAUGAACAAAAUCAUUUACUUAUUGCUAGUGUUCAGUUGCCUAACGAAGAUGCUCAGUUUGAUGCCUCUCACUAUGAUAAUGAGAAAGGAGAAUUUGGAGGAUUUGGUUCUGUUAGCGGAAAGAUAGAAAUUGAAAUAAAAAUAAAUCACGAGGGGGAGGUGAACAGAGCACGAUAUAUGCCACAAAAUCCAUGUGUAAUUGCAACUAAAACACCGUCCAGCGAUGUCUUAGUAUUUGAUUACACAAAGCAUCCAAGUAAACCAGAUCCUAAUGGGGAAUGUCAACCUGACCUAAGAUUAAGGGGACACCAAAAGGAAGGCUAUGGCCUUUCAUGGAAUCCAAAUUAUAACGGAUACUUGCUCAGUGCAUCUGAUGAUCAUACAAUUUGCUUAUGGGACAUUAAUGCACCGCCUAAAGAAAAUCGCGUUAUAGAUGCGAAAACAAUCUUCACUGGUCACACCGCUGUUGUCGAAGAUGUAGCUUGGCACCUUUUGCAUGAAUCUUUAUUCGGAUCGGUCGCGGAUGAUCAGAAGUUGAUGAUUUGGGACACAAGGUGUAAUAAUACCAGCAAACCAAGUCAUACUGUCGAUGCUCACACUGCUGAGGUGAAUUGUUUGAGUUUUAAUCCGUAUUCGGAAUUUAUUCUUGCAACUGGUAGCGCCGAUAAAACGGUAGCACUUUGGGACUUGAGAAAUCUUAAAUUAAAAUUACAUUCUUUCGAGUCUCAUAAAGAUGAGAUUUUCCAAGUUCAAUGGUCACCGCAUAACGAGACGAUAUUAGCUAGCAGUGGUACGGAUAGGCGUCUACACGUAUGGGAUCUAAGUAAAAUUGGCGAGGAACAAUCUAGCGAAGAUGCGGAAGAUGGACCACCCGAGUUACUGUUUAUUCAUGGUGGCCAUACCGCAAAGAUUAGUGAUUUUUCGUGGAAUCCGAAUGAACCAUGGGUGAUAUGUUCAGUGUCAGAAGACAAUAUAAUGCAAGUAUGGCAAAUGGCAGAAAAUAUUUACAAUGACGAAGAACCGGACACACCGGCGAGUGAACUAGAAGCUGGUGCGUCAUAAAGUGUAAGGAAAGUAACCGAUUAAAUUAUUUGAUACUGAAAUUUUCUAAUGACACGUGCGCGCCCGCGUAUAUAUGUACAUAUGCGUGUGGACGCGCGAAACCAAUGAUCCCAAUUAGGAUUAAGAA